GUCAGCUUGUAUCUGUCAAGUCAAAUAUUGAUAUGGAUGUAAUUAAUGAACAGCAAGAGCAAACCAAUUCAGAAUAUAAACCAAUCACUGUAGAAAAUCUUGAUGUUGAUUUUCUCCCUAUUAUAUAUGACAUUAUUAGAAGUGUGGAACGAGACCCCCAUGAUAAUGCUCAGAAAAAUUCCCAGUCCCAGGACAUAAGCCAAAAGGUUAUCGAGCUUCAUAAAAAGUUGGAAGUUGCCAAAGAACAAAUCCGCAGACUUCCCGGAGUUGAAUAUAGCAAAGAAGAACAACUCGAGAAACUUGAAACUUUACGAAAACAGUUGCGAUUGAAGAGGGAACUUCUUCAGAAGUAUAGGAAUAUGUACUUACUUGACUUCCUAAAGCCCUAGAUAUUCUUUGGAUAUGAUAUUUCGUUUUCUUCUUCGUUAUCUGGCAAAUAACGAACAAUUAGUGAACAAACUAGCCGACUCGUAUCCUAUCAGAAGAGCAGCCAGAUUCUUCAUCAAGUUCAUAACUCAAACUAAA